CCUAAACCAUCGUUCUCUUUCGCCCCACCCCGCCGCUGCCGCAUCGCCCCCAUGUCGCUCGACGGCGUCUUCUCCACGGCCGAGGCCCUGGCGCGGCUACUAGCCCGCUGCCCGAAGCUCCACUCCAACCCGCGCCUCCACGAGCUCGCCUCGUCGCCGGCCGUCGCGCCCCCCACCCACGACGACGUUGCCGCCGCGCUCGCCGAGCCACUGCUGCACCCGCGCUACACCAUCCCCGUGCUCGGCUGCUUCCUCCCGCUUGCGCCGGCCCUUAUCAAUCAGGCCGUUGCGCUGCUCCGCGCCAGACUGCACGCGUCCAAUGAUGACGCCCGCGCCAGACUGCACGCGUGGAAUGAUGACGCCGCCCACCUGGAGGAUGAGGCCGAGGAGGGGGACGUCCGCGUCGUUGAGUUCUACCUCUCCAGGCGUAGGCGCCUGCGGCUGCACGAGAUCGCGUGCCUCGCACUGGCGCGCGCCCUCGACCUCGCACCCUACUUGCUCAGACCUGUAUUGAACUACUUCAAGUUUUCUCCACCACCAUUCCAAAGGCUUCUAUGCGCAAGUUUCUCAUCACAAGUUCCUUCCAAGGAAUUGCAUUUGUUUCGUAAUGCUGCACAAGUAUCUUACCGGUUUCUAGAAUUGGAGCCCAGAGUAUUUUGUGAACAAUGGGAUUGGUCUUGCUUUUUAGACCUUGUACAUAGUACCACCGACUAUAGUUUAGUUGACUCCUCACUUGGAUUGGACUUGAAAUGGUGCACGAUACAUAUUCUUAUGGUGGUUUUAAAAGCAAGCGAUAUGGCUAUUGAAAGUUUUGGCCUGCGAGCAGAUGAAGCAUUUAAAUGUUUUCUGAGGUGGAAGGAGUUUUGCAUGGACACUUCCUUAGAGAAAGCCUCUUUAUAUCUCCAGAAUGACAAUGGAAAUUCGAGAAGUAGUAUAGAUGGUCUCAGUAUGCCUGAAUGUUUGUUGGAUUGGCCAGAUGUUGCAACAGGAGGAAAUCAUAGCAUUGGAAGCCCGUUUGUGCUUACUGCUACUUUAAGAAAGAGUUAUGAGGUAGCUUUGAUGGCAGUUGACCAGAAGUGGCCUGUACUUCUCUAUGGGCCUGUUGGUGCUGGGAAAACUGCACUUAUUAACAAGCUGGCACAAAUAGUUGGAAAUCGAGUACUUUUUAUCCACAUGGAUGAGCAAAUGGAUGGUAGGACCUUAUUAGGAAGUUACGUUUGCACAGAGAAACCUGGUGAAUUCAAGUGGGCUCCUGGUUCGCUUACACAGGCCAUUGUCAAAGGGUUUUGGAUUGUGUUUGAAGACAUAGACAAGGCACCUAGCGACGUGCAGUCAAUCUUACUACCUUUAUUGGAAGGUUCAAAUACCUUUUCAGUUGGCCAUGCAGAGGCCGUGGAAGUUGCUGAGAGUUUCCGAUUCUUCGCUACCAUCACUACAUCAAAGAAUGAUGUUUCCCAUGAUCUGCCAGGGAGACUCACAUUUAGUGCAUUGUGGAGAAAAGUGAUGGUGGGAGAACCUAAUCAGAGUGACAUGGUUAAUAUAAUUAAAGGUUGCUACCCAAGCUUGGAGCCCAUCUCCUCCAAACUCAUAGAUACCUUUGAAAAGGUCAACUCUCUUGGAUCUUAUCAGUUUGGUGGUCUCAACUUAGCAGGAGGUUCAUCUGAUGGUGUUCUGCACAGAUUUUCGUUAAGGGACCUGCUCAAGUGGUGCAAGAGAAUAUUAGGGACCGAUCUCAACUUUGAGGACCCCAGAUUUUCAUCUAGUGAAUGCAAAUUAAUUUAUCGUGAGGCUGUUGAUAUUUUCACUGCCUCGUUAUCAUCUCCGGAGAAAAGAUUAUAUGUAGCAGGAGAAAUUACUAGAAUAUUAGGUGUUCCUUACCGAGGAGAAGCAGUGCAACCUACUGAAAAGCCCAUCAUCCAGGCCCGAGAUACGGAAUUGCAAGUUGGUAGAGUUACAUUGCCGUGCUCCGACAAACCCGCAAUCCAGAAAGGGCUUUUUGCUGAUAUUCGGUGUGCAUUAGAAAUUCUUGAAAGAGUUGCAUGUUCUAUAAAAUUCAAUGAGCCCAUUCUUCUUGUUGGUGAAACUGGUACCGGGAAGACUACUACUAUACAGAAUCUUGCUGCCUGGCUUAAACAACCAUUGACUGUGGUGAACUUAAGCCAGCAAAGUGAUAUUUCUGAUCUCCUCGGGGGAUUUAAGCCUACAAUGGAUGCUCGGUCAAUAUGUUUUCCUCUUUAUAUGGAGUUCAAGUAUCUUUUUUGUCAGAGUUUUUCUGCAAAGGACAAUGAACGUAUUCUGCGGCAUUGUGCUGAGUCUGUAAUGAAAAAGAAUUGGAUAAAACUACUACACACUUUGGCAAGAUGUGUUGAGAGGGCUCAGAAGCUAAUUGAAGGGAUUUCUAAGUCUUCAAGUGGUUCAAAGAGAAAAAGGUCUUUGCCAGCCCAUGUUGUUUCAGAUUGGGACACCUUCUCGUCCAAACUAAAUAUAGCUUGUAGUCAAAUUGGUUCAGCAACUGGCAUGUCAUUUCAGUUUGUGGAGGGUGCUUUUAUUUCAGCUUUAAGGAAAGGUCAUUGGAUUUUGCUUGAUGAGGUUAACCUUGCACCUCCAGAGACACUUCAAAGAAUUGGUGCUGUACUGGAUGGAGAGAGGGGCACACUUUGCCUGGCAGAAAGAGGAGACGUGGAUUAUGUUGAACGUCAUCCUUGCUUCCGGAUUUUUGCCUGCAUGAAUCCAGCAACUGACGCUGGGAAAAGAGAACUGCCGUACACUUUUAGGAACCGCUUUACUGAAUACUUUGUUGAUGAUCUUAUAGAUGAUGAUGAUCUACGCCUUUUUGUCAGGAAAUAUCUAGAUGGUCUGAAUGUUACAAAUGGAGUUACAGAUAGUAUUGUUCGAUUUUAUAAAGUUGCAAAAAAGGAAUGUGAGGAGAGACUGCAGGAUGGAGCUAAUCAGAAGCCUCAAUUUAGUUUGAGAUCUCUAUCUCGCGCUUUGGGAUAUAUAAAAAAUGCAGAGAAAAAAUUUGGCUUCAGAAAAGCCAUAUAUGAUGGUUUCUGUAUGUUCUUUCUUACAAUGUUGGAUGCCCCUAGUGGAAAAAUCAUUAAGAACUUAAUAGUUUCACUUUUGUUGGAUGGAAGAGUGCCACCUAACAUUUCUUUUGCUGACUACUUCAUUGAAAAGCCUAUGCAGUUAGGUGGCUGUGAAUCAGAUGAAUUUUUGCGGAGCUAUGUUUUAACUCAAAGUGUUACUGAGCACAUAAUCAACCUUGCCCGUGCUGUUUAUAUUAGAAGAUAUCCUGUUCUUUUACAAGGGCCAACAUCAAGUGGCAAAACUAGCCUUGUGAGGUAUCUUGCUGCAAAAACUGGCCAUGAGUUUGUCCGAAUCAACAACCAUGAGCAUACUGAUCUUCAAGAAUAUCUGGGUACUUAUGUGACCGAUAGUCAAGGGAAGCUUCAGUUUCAGGAGGGUGCUUUGGUGAAGGCUGUGCGGGAGGGGCACUGGAUUGUUUUGGAUGAGCUAAAUCUUGCACCAUCUGAUGUCCUGGAAGCUUUAAAUAGGCUGUUAGAUGACAACAGGGAGCUCUUCGUGCCAGAGCUGCAAGAGACUAUAUCUGCACACCCUAAUUUUAUGCUUUUCGCUACACAAAACCCACCUAUGCUUUAUGGGGGGCGUAAAAUGCUGUCCCGGGCAUUCCGCAACCGUUUUAUUGAAGUGCAUGUUGAUGAAAUACCAGAAGAUGAGCUAGUUACGAUUUUGGAGCAGCGAUGUAGAAUUGCUCCCAGUUAUGCGAAAAGAAUGGUUGAGGUUAUGAAAGAAUUGCAAACACAUAGACAAAACAGUAGAGUGUUUGCUGGCAAACAUGGUUUCAUAACACCUAGGGAUCUAUUUCGUUGGGCCAAUCGUUACAGGACAUUUGAAGGGAAGUCAUACGAAGAUCUGGCGAAAGAUGGCUAUUUACUUCUGGCAGAGAGAUUAAGGGAUGACAAUGAGAAAGUUGUUGUUCAAGAAGCUUUGGAGCGCCACCUACGUGUAAAACUCAACAUAGCUGAUCUGUAUAACUCGGAAGUCACCCGUGAAGAUAACUUAUCCCUGGAUGCUAUCAAACUAAGAGUACGAGAUUGCUUUGGAAAUAUCACUUGGACAAAAAGUAUGUGGAGACUAUACUUCCUUAUUGAGCGUUGCUACAGAUCACGGGAACCUGUCCUCCUUGUUGGCGAAACUGGUGGUGGGAAAACAACUGUUUGCCAGGUUCUAAGUGCUGUCCUUGGAUCAAAAUUACACAUUUUGAACUGCCAUCAGUAUACAGAGACAUCAGACUUCAUUGGGGGAUUCUGCCCUAUACGUGAUAGGUCAAGAAUAGCAUUUGAGUUCAAAGAUCUUGUUGUGAAAAUCAAAGGGAUGAAAAUGUUUGUUGAUGUUGCAGGGAAUGUGCCACUUGAAACUGAUGUAUCUGGAGCUGAUAGUGUCAUCAGCCAUCUGAAUGAAAUACUUGACAGAUACAGAAAGGAAAAAUAUCUGUUUCCUGAUGUGUCAGCUCAAGAUCUUGCUGCCAUGGAGCAAAUCAAGUUGGAUCUGAUGCACCUCCACAGGAGGUGGCAGGCAAUUUUCCUUUGGCAGGAUGGACCGCUUGUUCAAGCAAUGAAGAAUGGUGAUCUUUUCCUCAUUGAUGAAAUUUCUUUAGCUGAUGACAGUGUGCUUGAACGCUUGAACAGUGUUCUAGAACCUGAAAGAAAAUUGUCACUGGCUGAGAAAGGUGGUUCUGUGUUAGAGAAGAUUGUAGCACAUCCAAACUUCUUCAUCCUUGCAACAAUGAACCCUGGUGGUGACUAUGGAAAAAAAGAGCUUUCUCCUGCAUUAAGAAAUCGAUUUACUGAAAUUUGGGUUCCUGCUGUUACUGAUGUUGAUGAACUUAAGAGCAUAACUUUUGGGAGGUUCACCAAAACUGAUUUCUCUUGCUUUGGAGAUUGCAUCGUUAACUUCUGGAAGUGGUUCAACCAAUUGCACAUUGGAAGAACACUCACGAUACGGGACCUGCUUUCAUGGAUUUCAUUUAUAAAUGUGACUGAGCAAGCUCUUGGGCCAGAGCAAGCUUUGAUACAUGGCCUGUUUCUUAUUUUACUUGAUGGGCUCUCAUUGGGUCUGAAUGUUUCUAAAACUGAGGCUACUGAGAUAAGGAGUACUUGCCUGUCCUUCCUUCUAGAAGAACUGCAGAAAGUUGAGGGUAAGGCAGUAGAUUCAUGCUUGAAUGAUGUAAGCAAUUAUGGCUGGGGUGACAAUAUGAAAAAAGAAGAUAUAGAUCAUGGUUGUUUGGAAGGACAUUUUGGCAUUCCACCAUUCUAUAUUCCUGAAGGUGACAAUAUGAAAAAAGAAGAUAUAGAUCAUGCUUGUAAGCAACAGGGCUUUGAAAUAAUGGCGCCCACGACCAGAAAGAAUGUCUUGCGAGUUUUGCGUGGUAUGCAACUACCUAAACCUCUUCUUCUGGAAGGUAGUCCUGGAGUUGGAAAAACAAGUUUAAUUGUAGCGUUAGCUGGAUUUUCUGGUCAUGAUGUUGUACGGAUAAAUCUAUCUGAACAGACAGACAUGAUGGAUCUUCUAGGUUCAGACCUGCCAGCUCAAGGAGGAAAUGGAAUGGAAUUUUCCUGGUCUGAUGGUAUUCUUCUUCAGGCUUUAAAGAAAGGAAGCUGGGUUCUUUUGGAUGAGCUCAAUCUUGCUCCACAAUCUGUCUUAGAGGGUCUGAAUGCCAUUCUGGACCACCGUGCUGAGGUCUUCAUACCUGAGCUUGGUCAAACUUACAAAUGCUCAUCAUCCUUUCGUGUCUUUGCAUGCCAAAAUCCUUCAUCGCAAGGUGGUGGGCGGAAAGGUCUUCCCAAGUCCUUUCUGAACCGCUUCACCAAAGUUUAUGUUGAUGAGCUAUCAGAGCAAGAUUAUCUAGAAAUUUGUAAAUCACGAUUUCAUCCAUUGAUUUCUGAAAGUUUCAUCCGAAAUCUUAUUCACUUUAACAACAGGCUGUAUAUGGAUACCAUGGUAUAUAGGAAGUAUGGUCAACAAGGUUCUCCCUGGGAAUUUAAUCUACGUGAUAUUAUCAGGUCUUGUGAGAUGAUAGCAGGUUCCCAAGAUUCUAUGAAGGAUGACUGUUUUUUAAAUACUGUCUAUCUUCAAAGAAUGCGUACUUCGGUUGAUCGCCAUGAAGUUCUUAAGCUUUAUGAGGAGGUCUUUAAGAAAAAGACAAGCAUUCACCAACCAAAAAUGCUCUAUGUUAAUCCACAUUGCUUGGUUGUUGGAAGUGCCUCUAUCGAAAGAAAUCACAUCCAAUCAUAUAAAGUGCAAAACAAUCAACUCAACAUAUUUCCAGGUGUCCUUAAUAGUCUUGAAGCAGCCAUGCACUGCAUCCAGCAAGGUUGGUUGUGCAUUCUUAUUGGACAAAAUUCAGCUGGUAAAACAUCAUUAAUCCGCUUGCUGGCUCAGCUUUCGGGAAAUACGUUGAACGAGGUGAAUCUGUCGUCGGCAACUGAUGUGUCAGAAUUGUUGGGAUGCUUUGAGCAGUAUAACUUCUUUAGGCACUACAAAGCAGUUUUAUCAGAAGUUGAGCAUUACGUUGAUGUGUAUUUCGGACUGAGUAUUGAUAUGAACCGGAAGAACUUUGUUGCAGAAGGAAGGGGUUUGUUUACAAAAUGGUUUGAAUUUGUGGCUGAAAAAGGGCACUCGUCAAUUAGGACUUCGAAAUUCAUUGAAAUGGGUGCGAAUGCAUCUUUGCCUUCAUUAAGCUUGCUUGCUGAAAUAGUUGAGCAGAUAAAGUGUGAUCUGGAAAAGUUUGACUUCCCACCAUUGACAAAAGAUGAUCUUGGUAAAACACUGAAAUCCAUCAACAACUUGCAGCAGAAUGGAGCUGCACACCAACCAGUUAAAUUCGAAUGGGUUGCGGGAGAUUUGAUCAGGGCCAUUGAACGCGGUGAAUGGAUUGUUUUGGAUAAUGCGAAUUUCUGUAACCCUACUGUACUUGAUAGGAUAAACUCCUUGGUUGAGCAAGAAAGGUCUAUCGUAGUCAAUGAGUGUGGUCUUGUUGAUGGCAGUCCUGUAGUUAUCAAAGCCCACCGUAAGUUCAAAAUGUUUUUGACUGUAAAUUCAAACUAUGGCGAAGUUUCAAGAGCUAUGCGAAACAGAGGAGUGGAGAUCUUUCUGAUGGACCAAAGUUGGAAUCUGGAAGGAUGCAGCAAUGUGCCUGGGGAUGGUGAAUGGAAGGAUGUGAUAAGAUUUUUAAUCUCUUGUGGAAUACCAAGAAUGGAACUGGUCUCGUCAAUGUGUGAAGCACACAUGCAUGCAAAAGCUGAAGGUUCACGUGUUGGUAUAAACAUUACCCUUCUUGAAAUCACACGCUGGGUUCAAUUGUUCCAACAACUGAUUAUUAAAGGAAAUCAGUUCCUUUGGAGCCUGCAUUUGAGCUGGGAACACACAUAUCUACCAUGUUUGGGUGAAGUUAAUGGAUCUAGAAUUGUGGAGGAAGGAAAGAUUAAAUUUUUGAGUAAUUUUGAUGGAUCUGAAAUUCUGGCAAGAAACUUUAGGUUUUUGACUGUUUUUGAUGGUUAUUCAACUGGUUUGCAUUCUGGAUUAUCUUUGUCCUUGCCGGGUGGUUGGCCAAUUGAGCAAAAACUAAGGGAUUUCAUUUGGUAUUCAAAAGAAACUUGCGUCAUGAGGAAUUGCAUGUUUCUACAGUCAUUGGGUGCCCAAUAUGCUGCUUAUCAGAUAAGCAGUUUGAAAGAUAAUUCAUCGUUGUUGGGUGAUAUUAGUAUCGUCCACCAAUCUAUUCUUCCUGCUACAAGCUUACGCGAAUUACAGUUUCCUACAGUUACUGGUCAGAGUGUCAAAAAUCGUGUAACUGGGGCAUUCAAUUCAUACUUAGCUGAUCAGAUGCUUUUCUUUGCUGCAAACUGGUUAAUGGAGCAAUGUACUGAAAACGAUCUUGAACUGUAUCGCAUAUGGUUUAAAUGGUAUAACUGUCUGGUCCAGCCUUAUUGCAACUUUUUUGAGAGCUAUGAGUAUAUUCUGAAGCAAGAAAGUGAGCAUCCUAUUUGGCAUAGUAUCCUUGAAUAUUACAGGAAAAUAGUUGCCGAUCACAAUAUUGAUAUUGUUACUCAGCAUAUUCCAUUACUUUCGAAGAAGUUGCUUGAUAUGGCUGGUUGUGAUAGCCUGAAAGCAUGCCAGAACCGGUUGCGUCGUGCUUUUAAGGCUUUGGGCUUGUUGCGGCUUACGCUGCAGCAAUGGCAAAUUGAGACAAAAUGUCCUGAUCUUUCUGUUCUGAAAUGUACUUUGCUGCCAGCAUUGAAGUCCCUCAGAUGCUUAGAGGGCGAGGUACUUAAAAAGAUUGCAAAAUCUUGGAAGUGCCAGCACAUAUACUCUCGUCUUCUUGAUUACCACAGAUCAAUAUGGAAAAUGAUGAUUGCAUCUCAGUUCGAGGGGCUACCUAUUGUUUGGAAUCUUUUGAGGAAAGAAAUACUGAAGUUGCAGGAAAAGUUUCCAGUUGAAGUUGGCGUCUUUUUGAUGGAAAGUGUGAAUCUCAACAAUCUACAUGAUCUGAAUUUUGAAUAUGGAAAACCAACUUUGUGGGUUUAUGGUGGUCAUCCUCAUCUGCCACCAUCUAGUGAGAUAUUUGACAAAAUACAAGAACUUUUGUCCUUCACAGCAGAUGUGUGGCCAAGGAAGAAUCUUUCGAAUAUAGAGCUUGAUGAUAGAAAACAGCUGACUGAUGCUAUGCUGUCAGCCAAUCAGGAUCUUAGACUCCUUGCAAUGGAAGGUGUCUCUAUGGCUUGUAUUGCUACAAUGAAAACCGAGGAAGAUGUUUUAACUGUUGGCCCCCAAUUGGAUGAAGUUCACAAGAGGCUUGUAGGAAAGGUUAACUCUGUAAGGGGUAAUCUUGGAUUGUUGUCCAAGACAUCAGUGCCUGAAUUUAAGUUCUGUUGCUCAGUGUCCUCUGAGAUUCUAUGUAACACUUAUGGUUUCAAUGGCUGGCUAGCAAGUCUUCCUUUGCUCAACUUGAAGAGCUUAAACUUGGAUACCCUUUUACUUCAACAGCUAUGCAAGUGCACACAAAGAGAUUCUUCUGAAACUCACGAGGUUCUUGUGAAUUCUGAGUAUCUGCUGAAGUAUUCUAUGGAUUAUUCACUGGGUUCAUCUUCAAGAUCUCCUCUGGACUAUAUUCAACAUCAGAUAAUUUGGUGGAUUUGUCAUGACUGGGCCAAAGUUGAUAACGCGCAUUUAAAAGUUGCUAGUUGUAUUCUUGAAAUGUGGUACAACUAUCACUCUUCCUUGUGGACUUAUUGUUCUGGAAGCCCAAAGAGUCUAUUCUCAGUCGCACAUGAUGAUUCCUGUGACCUGGCACACCUGACAAAAAUGGACGCCAUCAAUACUAUUAUCCAGCCGGAUUUACGUGUGGUGGAUUAUCUGAAGAAUUGUGUAAUGCUCAAAGUUGCAUCUAGAAACCUGUGGGAAGGUGUUUCGUGUUUGGGAAACUUCAUUUCUAGUCUGCACUUUGCUGCUGAUUCCCUAUUUAAGCAGAUUAUAUUUGUCCAUAAGAAGUAUUUCAAGGAAGAGGACUACAACCAGUUAGAUUCUGUACUCUUCCAACAAUCCAGACGUUUUAUAGAGAAAGAAGACCUGGACACCAUUUGUGCUCUGUUAUCAUCCUCAACCCAUGGAGUAUUGGCUUCACUCUCAAAGUCAGAUAAACUCGUAGAAUCCUUGCUUAUGGACUUGUACUCAUCCUACUCCCGUGACUCUCUAUUGCAUACUGGAGCUGCUUGGGUGCGUAUUGGAGAGUUACGCUUCCGGUUAUUGUUGAGCUCAUACAGUCCAGAUCCUACAUUUAAAUCUACAUAUAAGCAUUCAAAUAUUUUGGAAAAAAUUGCACUGGUGAAGCUUGAGGAAAAGGUUCGCCAUGAUUGUGAGGAAUUAGCUGGUUCUAGCUCCCCUGAAGAUAGCCAUGACAACACGUUAUUGCAAUCACUGGAAAUUGAUGAGAAAGACACCCGAGCAAAGGUCGUAUUUCGUCCUCGACAAUCUAAGCACAAGAGUCUCAUUGCUGCAUGCGUUGAGUUUGAGGACCGCCUGUCUGAGUGCAAGGACUUGUUAGCUAACUUAAAUUGCGAAGGACUUGGGCAACUAGAGGUUGACAGAGUCUGCAAUUGGCAGAUAACAUCCAUGAACUUUAUCAAGAGGCUGACAGAAGAUUAUAGGGAAUAUGUUGAUUUGAUCCAGCCAAUUCAAGUUGCUGUAUAUGAAAUGAAACUUGGCUUAGCAAUUGCUCUGUCUGGUUCUCUUCAGAGGGAGUAUUUGAAGAAGAUUAAAGAAGAGGAUAUUAAUAGAGUUCUUGGAGCAAUUUAUGCUUUUAUGCAGUUUCCCUCUGGAUCUUUUACCAAAAGGGUUGUAACUGACACAACUGAUGAUCUUACAAAUUAUACAAUUACUAAUCAACUAGGAACCCUAUACGGUGGUUCUGGAGCUUUAGAUAUGUUGAAGAAGCUUGCUGCUGUGUCAAGUCAGUUGAAUGUUGGUAAAGUGACUGACAAAGUGAAGUCCCAGUCUGAAAUGCUUGUUUCAGUACAUCAUAUUUCUUUAGUAAGAACAGCUGAUUGUGUCAGUUCUUCCCUUGUCAUGGAUAAGUCAUCUUAUGUGUCAUUGAAGGAUACCUUUGAUCAUUUUACAAGCAUGUGGUUCAACAUGAAACAUCGUUUGAAGGCUAAAGAAAGCGAUGAUUCUCAGUACUAUAAGUUCAAAUCGCGAAUAAUCAGUAUAGAAGACAUCUUUAAAGAAGAUGUGCUGUUACUUGGAGAUAUGGAAUCAGAAGGCAGUGUUGUAGAUAAUGAAGAAAAACUAGAGCAUGAUUUUUUAAAAAUUACGGAAAGAAUUGAUGAGGAUAAUGGUAUUGUUGAAGAUACUUGGGAUCUGAUACCGGAGUCUGCUCUAAAAUGUAUUGUGACCAUACAUGACCAAUUGUUUGGUUCGCCAGAUCUUUUUGAGAAGCCCCGCAAAUGCCAAGUUAGUGAUGCACAGAAAAUCCAGUCCUUCAUAGAAUCAUAUGAGCUGGGAACAAGAAUACUUAAAGAUCUCCCGGAAUUAACAUGUUCUAUGUUUGAUGAGAAGCUUAUGCCUGAGCACCUAUUUCGUGUUUGUCUGGAAUACCAACGAUCUUGUGCAAAAACAUCUCAAGAUUGCAAUGGUUAUAAUGCUUACAAGGAUCCAAAUCCUCCUGUAUUGUUCAAGAUGGUGGAGUCACUAACUACACUUCAGGAGAGAGUUAAUAACUAUUUGGAUGAAUGGCCUGAUCACCCUGGUCUCUUGAAAAUAUUGGAUCUAAUUACUUCCCUUUUAGCGAUGCCCUUGAGCACGCCAAUUCCGAAGGUCUUACUUGGAUUGCAACUGCUGGCUGGGAAAGCUCAAACAUUGCAGGAAAAUGACUCCAAGUUCUUUCUAAAAGAUCAUCUUGCAUCAAUAUUCUUGCUUGUGUAUUCAUGGCAAAGGCUCGAGUUAGAUUGUUGGCCUAUACUGCUGGAGGAGGUCCAGGCAAAGUAUGAGAUGAAUGCUGUAAAGCUGUGGUUUCCAUUGCGAGCAUUACUUACUCAGACUUCUGGUAUUCUAAUGGACGAGGAUUCGUCUAUUAUCAGAAGUGUUGAGGAAUUUGUUCAAACAUCGAGUCUUGGAGAAUACAAGAGACGCUUGCAUAUUCUCUUUGCCUUCCAUGGCGAGAUUUCAGCUGGUGCUAGCAUGGGUAGUUAUUCAAGUACUGCGGUGAAGAAAAUCCAGAAUAUUCUGUACAAUGUGUUUGGCUACUACAUGCAGUUUUUGUCACUUGUUCAUGAGAAAAUUGAAGAUGGUAGAAAAAACAUUGAGAAGGAAUUGAAAGAUCGCGUCAAGCUUUACAGCUGGGAGCAAGCACCAUAUAGUAGUGCUUCUAUUGAAAAUUUUAAAAGGACUAGGCAGAAGAUUUUUAAGCUUCUGCAACAGUUCAAUAAUAUUUUGACAAGUCCUGUCAUCAGUCUACUGAAUGAAGAAGCCACAGCAAGGAAGGUUCCAAGCUGGCUUGAUCCUCAGAGUCCUGAAUCACAGCUUCCUGUUGACACCGAAAAAUUUAACAAAAGGUUUUUGUGGUACCACAAGUGGGCAAGUGAGACUUCUUUAUCAUUACAAACAUUGCAGCAAUCAAACGCUAGUAUCGUUGGAGUUCCUAGUGCCAAAGAAUAUGCAGAUAUUGUACACAAUGUGAAGCACCGGCAGAAUGAAAUUGAGCUCAAUGACAGAUUGCAGUUAUUUUGGGUCUCACUUGAGAGAAUCUGUGGGGCAGCUAAUUUUGCUAGUACAGUGAAGCAUGGGAAAAAGAAUCAGAAGAAAACAGCUCUAUCCAAUCUGUUCAAAACUCUUGAGGAAUGUGGACUAUCAAAGCACAGGCCAAUGGGUCAUGAGUGGGGAGAUGAGCUGGCUGCACCAAGUCCAUUGUUCUUGGAGCAGUCAUAUGAUUCUGUACAUUUACUACAGCAAGUGAACUCGCAGAAAAAGCUGGAAGGUGUUAGCAUCAAUCAUUCCACACUAUUGAGCACAGAUAACUGGAAGCAUGCAAAUCAGCAAUACUUCAAAUGUUUGGCAAUGAUGCAACAACUUCGACAGGUUUCUUUGAAAUUUAACAAAGAUCUAGGUUUAGAAGAGGUUAACAAGGCCACGUCCUUUAUGAGCCAUCUGUUGACUGUGUUGUCUGAACAACGGCAUCUUGCUUAUACUCUAUUUGAUCAGCUGCAGCAAUUCCGGCAUGCUAUUUUCUUAUUAGGUUCUGGAGGAAUAGGAAAGAGUAAAUCUCUAUCAUCAAGCCAAACUAUGCUGCUGAGUUCCAUGUGGCAGCAAAAGAAAUUGUUUGAUACUGUACUCACUAUGACAACAGACUCCAACUUAUUGCUCAGAAGCUUCAAGGAUUGCCAUUAUAACUCUUGUAACAACUUCAUAGAAGUUGCAGAGAUCUCAUCUCUUCUUGGAAAGUUCAUCUUGAAAUUUUCUGAAUCUAAGGAGUUGUUAGAUGAAUGCUUGCUUGGAUGCAAUAAUAUAUUUUCUGGUGCAUAUAAGAGUAUGCCUCAUGCUGCAACAGAGACGGAGCGACUUUUUUCUGAUAAUUGCCAGCAUAUAGAUUCGUUGUUGGAUGAAUACUUGCUUGGAUCCAAUAAUAUAUUUGCAGAUGCAUAUAAUAGUAUGCCUCUUGCAACGACAGAGAUGGAGCAACUUUUUGCUGAUAAUUGCCAGCUUAUAGAUUCAUUGAGAGAAGACAUGCAGGUUCAAUGCCACCAGGAUCUUUCAGUGGGAUCUGUUAAGAAAGUUCUUAUCUCGCGUUUGGAAGAAUUGCUGGAGAAGGGCAAGAUGGCAAUGAAGAACCCAAGACAAGCUGAAGAAAAUCAUAAGUUAUGCUUGAAGCUUGAAGCUUCGUAUAUAGAAAUUUUGAAGGAAACUUUCAUGCUAUUGGUUGGUGUUCUCGGAACGCUCACUGAUCAUGAAGUAUGCAGUAAUGGAACUGAUAAUUCACCAGUUGGUAAUGUUGCAUCAUGGAAAGAUACUUUGCAGACAUGCAUUAUGAAUCUCAAAUUGGAUGAUAUUUGUGCUGCUGGUGAAAAGAUUUGUAUUCUAGUGAGGUUGCUGGUUGACUAUAAACCUCAGAUUCGUAUUAGUAUAGAGGUGCACCUAAUGCAUCUUCAUGCUUGGCUCGGUGUGAUCCUGUCAUCAGCAGAAGGGAUACUUUCUGAACUUUUAGAAGCACACAGAACAACUUCUGAAAUGACUCUUGCACUUGGGGACCUUUUUAUUCAUCUAUUUACGGAGGGGUUUGGUUCCACCGAAGAUACAGCAGAAGAUGCAGAUGAUGAGCUACACCAAGAUGCUGUUGGAAGUGGAACUGGCAUGGGUGACGGGGAUGGUCAAAAGAGUGUAAGCUCUGAUAUAGAUGAUGAAUCACAACUUGGUGAUAGUAAGGACUUGACAUGUAAGGCUGAUCCAGCUCCUAAGAAUGAUGAUAAAGCUGUCGAAAUGCAAGAUGAUUUUAAUGCACAAUUAUCUGAUGUUUCUGAGGAUCUUGAAGGCGAAGACUCAGGUGGCGAAGAUGAGGAUAAUUUGGAUAAUCAGAUGGGUGAUACUGGUGAUGCAAGUGAAGUGGUUGGCAAGAAAUCAUGGGAUAAGGAUGAAGAUGAUGAUCCUAAGACAUCUAAUGAGAAAUAUGAGUCAGGCUCAUCAGCCAAAGGGACAGAACAGGAUGAUAGGGAACUGAGAGCUAAGGACGAUGGUUCUAUUGAGGAGGAAGAUCCUAUGGAAAUGGAUUCUGAGGAAGGCAAAAAUAAUAAUUUGGAACAUGAUCCUAGUACCUGUGAUGAAACUGAUCUGAAUACUGAUGAAGUCAUGGACAAAGCUGAUGCAUAUGAUGACCGGACUGGGCCUGAAAUCCCUGAACCAGAUAAUGAUUCCAUUGAUGUUGAUAUGGAGGAACAAGAACAAACUGACGAAAGAGAUGCUGACAAUGAAGAUAUAGGUACUGAAGAAGCGGAGCAAGCAGAUGAGAGGUUAGAUGCUUCAGAUGAUAUGGAGGAAGGAGAUAUGGCACAGCAUAGCGAUGGUCUGGUAGAUAAUGAGGGGGAGCAUGUUGAAGAUGCAAACACAGAAGCAGGUGAGAUGGAUACACACCAAUUGGACAAGACCGAUUCACUUAUGCCUCCAUCACAAGGCCUACAGCCUGACAAUAUGCAAGUAGAUUCUAACGGAGAAUCUGAAACCAACUUGGCCAACAGCAGUGACAUGCACGGCGCUGUUGCUCCUUCAGUAAUUUUUUCAGGAAAUGAAGUGCCCAAUAUGGAAAUAUCUAUGCCCAAUGCUGGUGAUGAUUCGAGACUAUUAUCCAACUCUAUGCCAGAUAUGCAAAAUGAUGCUCAGCAGCACAUCAAGCAGACAAAUCCUUUCAGGAGCAUUGGAGAUGCAUUGGAGGACUGGAAAGAACGGGCCAAAGUCUCAGCUGAUACACAGGAUCAUCAAGCAGAAACUGGAAAUGAUAGUAAUGAGAACACUGCUGAAUUUCGUUAUGUGCCUGAGGGUGAGCAGAGCACCUCUCAGGCAUUGGGUGCUGCAACAGCUGACCAGAUCAAUGAUGACAAUCAAAUUAAUCAAUCUUUCUUGGAAGAUGAAAGCCGUGCCAGGAAAUUGGAACAAAGUGAUGAGAGAACACCUGAUGACCCUGAGGUGCCUUACCUUCAAACUUCACAAGCACUUCCCAGCAAGUCUGAAAAUGCCAAUGAAUUUGAUGGCAGAGAGAUUCAAACUGACACAUCCGUUCAAAAUUUAGUUGAAAGCAGAAUAGAUCACACUUUCAAAGAUCUUGUUUCCUUCAAACAACCCCUGGCAGAUGACAAAAUAGCUCUUAUUGACCUAACUACUGACAGGGAAUUACCUUCCCGGAUGGAUCUGGACAUCACUGAUGCAGAGACAAAAAGGUCUAUUGUGGACUGGAAAAAUCUUGAGCUGGCAACCCUGAAAUUGUCCCAGGAACUGGCAGAGCAAUUGCGCCUGGUUAUGGAACCAACUCUUGCUAGUAAGCUUCAAGGGGAUUAUAGAACUGGAAAGAGAAUAAACAUGAAGAAGGUCAUUCCGUAUAUUGCGAGUCAUUUCCGCAGAGACAAGAUAUGGUUGCGCCGAACUAAGCCUAAUAAACGGAAUUACCAAGUGGUUAUUGCUGUUGAUGACUCAAGAAGUAUGUCUGAGGGCAAAUGUGGAAAAUUUGCUAUUGAGGCAUUAGUUACUGUGUGCCGUGCUAUGUCACAGCUUGAGGUUGGACAAUUUGCAGUUGCAAGUUUUGGAAAGAAGGGGAAUGUUAGAGUGCUACAUGAUUUUGAUCAGAUCUUCAAUGGUGAAGCUGGAGUGAAUAUGAUCUCUAGUUUGUCCUUUGAACAAGAUAACAAAAUUGAGGAUCAACCAGUGUCUGAUCUCUUGACGCAUCUGAAUGCUAUGCUCGAUACUGCCGUUGCACGGGCGCGCACCCCAUCAGGGCAAAAUCCUCUCCAGCAACUGAUACUGAUAAUAUCUGAUGGAAAGUUCCAUGAAAAGGAAAACUUGAGGCGCCAUGUUAGAGAUGUUCUAAAUCGAAAGAGGAUGGUCGCGUAUGUGCUCCUGGAUAGCCCCGAGGAUUCUAUUAUUAAUCUAAAGGAAGCAUGCUUUAAAGUAGGGGAGAAGGUAGAGCUGAAAAAAUACAUGGAUUCAUUUCCAUUCCCGUAUUAUGUUAUGCUACAGAACAUUGAAGCUCUUCCUCGCACAUUGGCCGACCUGAUUAGACAGUGGUUUGAGCUCAUGCAGAGCGCCAACGAGUGAUCCUUGGGACGUUAGCCAACCUAAUUUUACCGAGUAGGGCGACGCAUUUAGCUGUACAGCAAACUAGAGCUUUUAUUUUUGCUUGGGCCUCGAAACUCUGUGAUCGCAGGCUUGAUUGUGUACAAAUACCGUCACAGUUCAAAUCUCUUUUGGGAAUAUGAUCCGCGACA